AUGACCAUGGGAUCGUUAUCAGGACCAGUACACGCGCCUGCAUGGCGAGAGUUCAUCAAUGAGCUCGGCGAUCCGCUCUUGAUGCCCGGCACAACAGUCGAUGCCUUAUAUGGAGACUCCAAGGCCAAUAUCCAAAAGCUCCUCGCAAAAUACACCUUCCCCGAACCCGACUCUAGCAUUCAAACCGAGGAUAUCACACUAAAGGACGGCGUCUGGGUGCGGAUAUAUACACCUCCGGAUCUAACAAGCACCGACCUCACGAUCUUCAUGCACGGCGGCGGUUGGGUCAUGGGCAGCGUCCACCACGAAGACGCUGCCGUGCGCGGAAUCUGCGCGGCGACGAAGAAGACCGUUGUAAGUAUCGGAUACAGACUCGCGCCCAAACACAGGUUCCCCGUUGCGCUUGAAGACUGUCUGUAUGCGACCCUGUGGGCGCUGGAGCAUUUCUCGGCAUCGACAUCGUCCGCUGUGCUUAUGGGUGGAUCUGCCGGCGCGAACCUGGCCUUUGGCGUCGCGCUGAGGCUCCUCGAUGCUGGGAUGGGCGAAAAGUUCAAGGGUGUGCUCGCGCUGGUUCCAUGUGUCGUGCAUCCUGACGCUGUCCCCGCGGAUAAGCGGGACAAGUUUACCUCGUAUGAGGAGAACGCCGUUGCGACAGUGAACACGCUCGCUGCGAUGAAGUGUUUCCUCGAUAGCUAUGGCCCCCCGGUGGACGAUGUUUAUUUCUCAGUGUUGCUGCAUCCUCGGAUUCGGGAACUGAAGAAGGUCUAUAUUGUCGAGUGUGGCGCCGAUACACUCCGGGAUGAUGCGAGGCUGAUGAGGGAUGCACUGCAGGAAGUGGGCGUGCCUUUGAAGUAUGAUGCGUACGAGGGAUUUCCGCAUUACUUCUGGUCCUAUCCGUCGAAGUUUUUGAAGGCCGAUUCGGACAGAUUCCAUCAGAAUAUGUUUGUGGCGGUCGACUGGUUGCACGAGUGA